AUGACAAAGCGUGACGAGAAUUAUAAAAAAGAGAUGUUAGAAGGUGCAAAAUCAAUUGGUGUCGGAGCUGCUACAAUUGCUUCAGCGGGAGCUGAUGUUGGUAUUGGAAACGUCCUUAGUUACUCGAUUCAUUCCGUGGCGCGAAAUCCCUCAUUGGCUAAACAAUUAUUUGGUUAUGCCAUUUUGGGCUUUUCUCUAACAGAAGCGAUUGCAUUGUUUGCUCCAAUGAUGGCCUUUUUGAUCUCAUCCGUAUUCUGACAAAAUACUAUUGAUUCUAGAAGGACUAUAAUGAGGAGGACGACAGACCCA